UGGCAUCCGGAUUCGGCUAUAAUGGAGAUCGUAGUAGAUGUUUUGCUUUCUGGCAAGAAUUUCGUAAAUGUUAUGCUAUGGCUGAUAGACCCGAACAAUGUACAUUACAAAAGGACGAUUAUUUCGAAUGUUUACAUCAUACAAAAGAGAAAGCACGUGCUAAAACUAUUAAAAUUCAAGAAUUAAAAUUAAUUGAACAAAGGAAAAAACAAGAUGAAAUAUCUCGUAAAUUAACUGAUUCUGCUAAUAAAAGUAAUGUAAUGAGAUUAGGUAUUAUAGAAGAUAGUGAUAAACAAAAAGAAUCUUCAAAUUAA